UCCUUUAGGGUAGGCAGAUAAUUUAGGUAUAAAGCUAAUAGAACUUCAGUAAACGCUAAAGAGCAAUAUCAUUGAGAAUCGAAACGUAUUCCUCAAAGAAAAUUACGAGCCUCUAAGAAAGUGAAAAAAGAAACCACAUUGUGUUUCCAUUUUCGCAUGUAGGCAGUACCAUACCGUACCCAUAAAGCAAAAUUAAAAAAACCUUCAUUGAUCUAAUGCCGUACCUUCUCAGUCUUCCAAAGAGAAGUGGUGUAGGGGCGACCUCUCUUCCCAUCCCAUCCCCACCCCUGUCUGUCUUGACUGCUCCAUAUCUACGGUUGAACAGCAGCAGUUGGGGAGUUCACACGGGAGUGGGAAAAGACGCCGGCGCCCUUUACUCCACCCGACGGGGCAUUCGAACGGUAAUAGCGCCCCGCCCGGCCGUCACCACGCUGGUUUAUCUCAAUAACAUGGGCACUCGAAUACGGGAUGGCACCGAAACCAACAUCUCCCUAAUCCGAACGCGCGAUAAUCAAUUCUACAUCCAACGCAUCUUGCCAGACGGCGAAGUCGUGCGGUGGUACGCGCCGGGGCUGGAGCAUCUUAAACACGUCACGAACUUUGAUACCUACUCGCUGAAUGUUAUUGACGAAAAUGGUGGAAUAGUGAUCCCGUCGGAUGUGGUCCCCAGCCCUCCGAGCGAGAGCGCAUACUACUUAGAUGCGAUUUACUACAUCAACCAAAUCCAGGCGGUUCGGAAAUUCACGCGCAAGGAUCGCCGGCGUUGGCAUCGGAAGCUUUUUAUGCACUGGAAAGAAAGCCCGGAGAAGUUUGUCAACCACACAAUCGGGACCUACGGCAUGGCGUCGCUCGUCAUUUUGUGGGUCCUCAUCCGGGGCUUUCACAGCCUCAAGAACAAAAAGUCCUUUUGGGAUGCGGAUGUGUACAACAGCCACGGCCGAACGGAAACAGAGCGGCAGAAAAAGGAUCCAUGGUUGAAGAUCAAACGCUUUUCCGAUUGCCAUCCCGAGCACGAGGGAAUGGAUCUGACGGUGGCGAUGUUCUCUCCGGGCCAAUCGCGGCUCUCCAGCGCUCGCGCCGAGCUUCGCGAGAGCGACUUUACCGAUCCACACUACCACAGUGAGUUUUGGUGGAAAGUUCGCCACUGCCGGUACUACGGCCACUGGCCUAAAGGAAUAGCGGAAUGA